GUUGGGAUCGUUUGAAGCAGUUUUUUGAAAAAUUCUCUAUUUGUAAUUCGACUUUUUUCCCCUUUGAAGAGCCUGUGGGCGAAGAACUGGCGUUGAGUUCUACUUUUCUACUGACUCAAAAUAUCAAUUGAGUUGGUUCAUCUGUAAAUAUUAAUCAUCGUAGUUUAUACACAGUUUGUUCAAUUGCCUUCCAAAAGAGUUACGCCCAUCUCCCGACUGAAAUAUGCUACGCAUUUUGCAUAAAACGCAAGAGUCAGUACGUGUUGGAUCCUUGUUAAAAUGAAACAUGAAAGAAAAGCACUAUGGUUGCGAGCAUAGAACUCAAACGUUAUACAAAAAUAAUGAUUUUGGGAUUGAUUUGGGAAUCAACUGUCGGAAUUUUCUGUCGGGGGAAAAGUACAGAACUUGAAGUUGUUUCUGUUCCAGAAUGUGAUUCAGUUGAUUCCAACCAUUUUGCCAACAGUGAUAAUUUGAAUUAUAGCGAGACUAACAGCAAAAGGGUUUCCUUGGAUCGCUGGAAUUUAACAUCCCAAAAGUUAAUAGAUUCUUUUCCACUUGAUCCUAUUAAAGAAAAUUAUGUACGUCAAGUGAGGGAUUGUAUUUUUUCAGCAGUUCAUCCAGAACCUUUCACGUCAGCAAUUAAGCUGGUAGCAGUUUCAAAGGAAGUUGUGGAAGACCUAUUGGAUUUAGAUCUGUCUAUAACAGAGACCAAGGAGUUUAUUCGAUUUGUUAGUGGUGUACAAAUUCUACCUGGAUCUGUGCCUCUCACUCAUAGAUAUGGCGGUCAUCAGUUUGGAGUCUGGGCUGGCCAGCUGGGUGAUGGAAGAGCCCAUUUGCUUGGAGCAUACACCAAUAGGCAUGGCACAAGAUGGGAGCUUCAGCUGAAAGGUUCUGGGAAAACCCCUUAUUCUCGAGAUGGUGAUGGGCGUGCUGUUCUCCGCUCUUCAGUAAGAGAGUUUCUUUGUAGUGAGGCCCUGAAUUAUCUUGGGAUACCUACCACCAGAGCAGCCAGUCUGGUUGUGAGCAAUGAUGAUGUGAAGAGGGAUCAGUUCUACAAUGGGAAUGUGAGGAAUGAAAAAGGUGCAAUAGUUCUUCGUGUAGCUAAAUCAUGGUUUCGUUUUGGAUCACUGGAAAUUUUGGCAUAUUCUGGAGAAACUGAAUUAUUAAGGAAACUGGUGGAUUUCAUUAUAAAACUACAUUUUCCUUUGAUAAAUGUAACCAGCUCAAAUAGGUAUUUGGAAUUUUUCUCUCAAGUUGUGACUGAUACUUCAUACCUCAUCGCACAAUGGAUGUCAGUGGGAUUUGCACAUGGUGUGUGUAAUACAGACAACUUCAGUGUACUCUCUAUAACAUUAGAUUAUGGUCCUUUUGGCUUUAUGGAUUUCUAUGAUCCAAAUUUUGUGCCAAAUACAUCUGAUGAUGAAAGCCGAUAUAAGAUAGGAAACCAAGCCAAUGUUGGGAGAUAUAAUCUUGACAAACUGCGGAACGCUCUGAAGUCUUUAUUGAACCCUAAGCAACAGCUGUUGACUGAACAAAUAUUAAAAGGAUAUCCUGAACUUUAUCAGACCAAAUUAAUGGAAUUGUUCAGAGCAAAGUUGGGCUUGAUUGGACAUGAUAAUAAUGAUGACUAUUUGAUUGCCUACUUGUUGAAGCUGAUGGAAGAUACAAGAGCAGACUUCACGAUGACGUUUCGUCAGCUUAGUGAGAUUACACAACAACAACUUGCGGCUAACAGCAUUUCUGAGGAAUACUGGGCCAUUCAAGACCUCACAAGACACAAGAAGUUCUCAUACUGGAUUAAACUGUACUUGUCAAGGUUGAAUAGGAAUACAGAGACACCAAUGGCCCACUAAUCCAGUGAACAAUGCAGUGCACAGCUCUGAUAAGCUCCAACAUUAACACAUCGCUCUGAAUAAGCUUCUCUUUAUCUUCACCAAGCAGUUACUUCUCUUAUACAGGCAUUGUCUGCAUCAGGAAUCUCAGGCUAGAAGAGACCACAGGUCACUGGCAGUACUACUUCCAAGGAGGUGUGUGACCCUUCAGAAGAUGCACCAGCGAAGUGUUAGAACAAAGAACAAUGGAAAUUUACAGCCCAGGAAUAGGUCCUUCAGCCCUCCAAGCCUGAGCCGAUCCAAAUCUACGAUUUAAACCUGUCACCCAAUUCCUAAGCAUCUGUAUCCCUCUGCUCCCCACCUACUCAUGCAUCUGUCCAGACACAUCUUGAAUGAAACUACCAUACCUGCCUCUACUACCUCUGCUGACAAUGCGUUCCAGACACCCACCACCCUCUGUGUAAAGUACUUGCCAUGUAUCCUCCUUAAACUUUUCACCUCUCAUUGUUAAAGUGUGACCUCUCAUUAUUGAAUCCUUCACCCUGAGAAAAAGCUUAUCUCUAUCUACUCUGUCUAUACCCUUCAUGAUUUUGUUGACCUCAAUCAGGUCCCUCCUCAAUCUCCUUUUUUGUAAUGAAAAUACUCCUAACCUAUUCAACCUCUCUUCAUAGCUAGCACUUUCCAUACCAGGCAACAUCCUCGUAAACCUUCUCUGCACCCUCUCCAAAGUGUCCAUAUCUUUUGGUAAUGUGGAAAUCAGAACUGUACACAGUAUUCUGAAUGUGGCCGAACCAAUGUCUUGUACAAUUUUAACAUGAUCUGUCAGCUGUUAUACUCAGUACCCCGUCAAAUGAAGGCAAGCCUAUCAUAUGUCUUCUUGACCACUCUAUCAAUCCGUGCAACAUCCUUUAGGGUACAAUGGACCUGCGCUCCCCAGAUCUCUCUGCUCAUCAACUUUUCCCAAGGCUCUUCCAUUUACUGUAUAAUUCGCUCUAGAAUUAGACUUGCCAAAAUGCAUCACCUCACAUUUGCCUGGAUUGAACUCCAUCUGCCACUUCUCCGCCCAAUUCUCCAGUCUGUCAAUGUUCUCCUGUAUUCUUUGAUAGUUCCCUAUGCUUUCUGCUACUCCACCAAUCUUCGUGUCAUCUGCAAACUUACUGCUCAUACCAACAGUGCCCUCUUCCAGAUCAUUUUUGGAUAUCACAAACAAGAGUGGCCCCAGCAGUGAUCCUUGUGGAACACCACUGGUCACCUUUCUCCAUUUUGAGAAACUCCCUUCAACUUCUACUCUCUGUCUCCUGUUGCUGAACCAGUUCUUUAUCCACCUACCUAGAACAUCGUGCACACCAUUUGACUUCCCUUGCAUUCUACAGCAGCAUAGAGACACCCAGCUCAGGGGACACUCUUGCUAGGUUAGAUUCAGCGGUACAAUCUGGUUAACAUACCACUGACACAAGUCUACAGCUGGUGGACGCACCAUGGCUCUGACACUGAAAGAGUACUGCUGAAAACCAGGGACUUACUUUGCCGAAUACAGAAGAUGUGCUUUGCACUUGGCCCCAGAACUUGCAUGCACAGGAACAUGUUACACGUGUAUCUUUCACAAUAGAUUUCCUUGAUGGUGGCUCCGCUACACAAUUGCAUGAUCCUCAUGGAAAAGGUGGCAGAUGUCAUAG